UCCCAAAUUGGGUUGCAUCAGGAAUGGCUCCGCACUUAAACAUUGUCCCACAAAAUUAUGUGCAGAUACUACUCUGUCAAAAUGUGGAAAUUAGGCAAUUAAUAUGAUUGGUCACUUAAACAUGAUUGGUCACAUUAAGAAUAUACUUUAUCAACAAAAUUCUUAGUAGCUGCUAUGUCAAAAGUCUGUCAUCGUCCAUUUUGUUUCCUUGUUCCCUCUGGGUUUCUGCUUAUUUAAUACUACUGCAGGCUAUUUACCUUUACUGCAACUACUGUACUUUGCAAUCAGUGCUUGGAGCAAGCGGCAAAUACAUUUUAUUGCGAAAAAGUCUCUUGGAAACUAGUAUGUGAUUGGUCGACACUGUCAGCCCCAGCAGGGGAUUGGCUCUCAAUCAAAGCAGAGACAUCCAAGAUGGUUGCCGAACGCUAGCCUCAUCUGUAUUUGUUUCAGGUUCAUUCCAGGUCCUGGUCCAGAAGGUUUUUGGUUUCAUUUGAAUGAUUUCGAGAUUCCUGACAGCAUCUGCUUUGCGGGAGGGACAGCCUCCCUCGGGGGGCCCUGACCAUGAAGGAGGAGCCGCUCCCCACCGGUAUGACCCCGGUGCGCUCCUGGAUGCAGGGCGCAGGGAUUUUGGACGCGAACACAGCGGCUCAGAGUGGGGUCGGUUUGGCCCGAGCACACUUUGAAAAGCAGCCACCCUCCAACCUGAGGAAGUCCAACUUCUUCCACUUUGUACUGGCCCUGUAUGACCGUCAAGGCCAACCAGUGGAGAUUGAGAGGACGUCGUACGUGGACUUUGUGGAGAAGGACAAGGAAUACAACGGUGAGAAGACAAACAAUGGAAUUCACUACAGGCUGCAGCUGCUGUACAGCAAUGGCAUCAGGACGGAACAAGAUCUUUACAUCCGACUGAUCGACUCCAUGACCAAACAGCCAAUCCUGUAUGAAGGUCAGGACAAGAAUCCAGAGAUGUGUCGUGUCCUUCUCACCCACGAGAUCAUGUGCAGUCGUUGUUGUGACAAGAAAAGCUGCGGAAAUCGUAAUGAGACGCCGUCAGAUCCUGUCAUCAUCGACAGAUUUUUCCUGAAGUUUUUCCUCAAAUGUAACCAGAACUGUUUGAAGAAUGCAGGAAAUCCGAGGGACAUGAGACGGUUUCAGGUUGUUGUUUCCACCACGGUGAACGUCGAUGGUCACGUUCUUGCUGUGUCUGACAACAUGUUUGUCCACAACAACUCCAAACAUGGUCGCCGCGCACGACGUCUUGAUCCGUCUGAAGCAGCCACGCCCUGCAUCAAAGCCAUCAGUCCGAGCGAGGGCUGGACGACAGGCGGCGCCACCGUCAUCCUCAUUGGGGACAACUUCUUUGAUGGCCUGCAAGUCGUCUUUGGAACCAUGCUAGUGUGGAGCGAGCUCAUCACUCCCCACGCCAUCCGGGUUCAGACACCACCUCGCCACAUUCCCGGAGUUGUCGAGGUCACGCUGUCCUACAAAUCCAAACAGUUCUGCAAAGGUGCUCCAGGACGCUUCGUCUACACGGCCUUGAAUGAACCAACCAUCGACUACGGCUUCCAGAGGUUACAGAAGGUCAUCCCUCGCCACCCUGGGGACCCUGAGAGGUUACCAAAGGAAGUGCUGCUGAAGCGAGCAGCUGAUCUUGUCGAGGCUCUGUAUGGGAUGCCACACAACAACCAGGAGAUCAUCCUGAAGAGAGCGGCCGACCUCACUGAGGCCCUGUACAGUGUCCCUCGCAGUCACAACCAGCUGCCAUCACUCAGUGGCUCCGCCCACUCAGGCAUGAUGAGCGUCAACUCAUUCAGCAGUCAGCUUGCAGUCAACAUCUCAGAGGCCUCACAGGCCGAACAGGGUUACUCUCGUAACUCAAACAGCGUGUCUCCUCGUGGCUAUGCUCCAAGCUCCACCCCUCAGCAGUCCAACUACAACACCAUCACAUCCACCAUGAACGGAUACGGAGCUGCGGGAAUGACCAAUCUGGGCGUGUCUGGAUCCCCGAGCUUCCUGAAUGGCUCCACUGCAAACUCUGCUUACGCAAUCAAACAGAAGAGCGCCUUCGCCCCCGUCGUGCGGCCUCAGACCUCCCCGCCCCCCACCUGCACCUCCGCCAAUGGCAGCAACCUCCAGGCAAUGGCUGGUCUCAUCGUCCCGCCCAUGUGAGGACAACCCUCUGCCGAUCGACCCCUUCUCGACCAUCCUCCCCUGACCUGACUCCUCCUCCGCUCACAGCACCUGAUGUUCCACGACCAACCAUUGGAGCAUAUACUUCAGAAGUUCCUCAGAACAUUUAAUGCAAAUGUCUGCACAAUCUCUGUGGGGGUCAAAAGGUCGGGGCAGUAAACUCUGGGGGGUCUAUUCAGAGGAGGAGAACGGUCUUCAGAACCAAGAGUCGUCUGAAAUCAUCAACAGGUGAAAAUUGACUUCAAAAGUCCAUGGAGACAGAACAGCUCAGAUAAUAACACUGUGAGACAGGAAAGGAGCAAGGUCACCGGGGGCUUCUGACCACAACCAGAGUUUAAAGGACCAGUCUGCACUUUUUACACUUUAACUUAUGUUGUUUUAAAGUGAGUCCAAAUCUGACUUUAAACUCCACAGCUCCUCACGUCAUUAUGAAACAGCAAAUUAACCCACAGGUGGACAAUGUUAUAUGUUUGUUUAUUGUUUUUUGGACUAGAGAUUGAAGGUUUGAGCUUGUUCUGCUGAAUGUAGCCAAAAUGUUAAAACAAAUACUCAUCAGACACAUAAAAUGCUGCUUUUAACAAUAGUAAAAGAAAGUGGAGCAGCAACACACACCUGUUGAUUCUCAGUGGACGAGCUGGUUCUCUUAAGGUCAGAAGCUCUCAGUGAAACCUGAACAUGAGUUGAACUCAGUCCACAAACCAGACCUGGAACAACCGUGAGACGGAUCCAGAUCCUAAAACCGUUCUAGGACAACACCCUCAGAGAUGAUGUUGUUUUCCUUUGUAACAUAAACUUUAACAAUACGUCUGGAAAAAAAGAAUAAACGAAGCAAACACUACGUUUGGCUGAGUAAAACUGAAAACGCAGAUUUUUCUCUUUUUUUUUCUCUCUGUUAAAUUAAUGACAACACUCCAGUUUUUCAGAUUUAUAGAUUUUAAUAAGGAAAAGUUCAGUUUUACUCCUAUUAUGUUCCAGAUUUUACUUCUUCUGUGCUUCGUUUCUGUGUAUUUAUGAAUAAGCUGUUUGAAGGUUUUUUUUGUGUGAGCUUAGACCUGAAUGAUAGAUAUUGCAAAUAUCUCUGUAAACAAACUUGAUGUCUCAAAAACUUUUAGAAUGUUGCUCAACAAAGGAGUGAAAGAUGAGAGGACUUAACCUGUUUUUGUAAAACAACAAAAUGUCAUGACAUGUUUGCUCUGGUUUUCCAAACAGGACAUUAAACAUCAAACAAACAAACAAAAAACAAUAACAACAAGGCCCUUACAUCAGUUUUAUAAAAAAAAAAAAAGAAAAAAAAAAGCUUUUCCGAUUUUCCAAUAUUUAACUUUUGUAAACAGCAUUGUUUGUGUUUGGUUCUAUUCUCGUCUUUUGUGUAUUAAUGUGAAAUGUAUAAUCAUGGUUAUUUCUUAAUGCACUAUUUCUGUUGGAGCACUUAAUAAUAAGAGAAAUGUGUGCUAGUAAAAGGUUAAAAAAAUUAAAUGUUCCCUUAAAAGAAGGGGAGAUAGACUGGUUUGAACCAACAUUUUUAUUUUUCUGAACAGAAAUCCUUGUCACGUGAAACUUUUGUAUCCAGAAUCUCCUGAAGUUUAUCCACCUUAAUUUGGAUCACAUGGUUUCGUUGUAUAUUUUAACUUGUCAUUUUAAAAAAGUGACAAAAUGUGGGUUGAUGUCGGUGUCGUUGACGUUGCCAUUACCACCAUCGCCCUGAAACGCUGUUGCUCACUUAUGCAAAUGCUUCUCAGUCCAAACAUCAACGACUUUACACUCCCAGCACCAACACUACGUUUGUUGAAAUUCAAUUUCAAACGUGAGACGCAAAAGUGAAUGUCAAUUUUUUUUAUAUCUAGUCUUUAUGUCCACCAGCUCAUGGUUUAAAUGUCUGUAAAUAUUCACUAUAAGAAAGUGUGUGAACUGAAAAUCUUUUAUGAUGUCACAUAUCUUGCACUUCUUUUGCAGUUCUGACAUAAACAGUUAUAUUUAAAAUUGAAAAGUCAAUAAAUGAAGAUUUUAAUUUCGACAUUUUUAAUUUUGAUAUAGCAGAGUGUCUCUAAGGAGACAUGACGUCUGGAUCUGUAUGUUGUUUACAGAUUUGCUCAAGGAGCUAAGACCUUCAAUUUUACAACUGAAAUACUCACAGAUUUAUAUCUCCUUAUGGUAAGUAAUCACUCUGCGGUUGUUCAUGUUAAAAUUGUGGCAUGGAAAACACCUUUUCUCUAGUCAUCGAUUGUGUGGUUUCUUUGAAAAUGAGGAGCAGAUCUAAUCUCUGGUUUCUCGUCCCGUCCAAACAUUUUAUGUUUUUAUGCAAAUGAGCAGGAGCGAAACACUAACCUGCGGUCGUGGCAGAACAGAUUUCAUUGUGAUGUCGCUUUACAUGUGUGUGAAAACAAUUUUCCAGGCUGCACUUGAACACCCAAAAGCCUCAUGUUGCAGAUGUUUCUGUCAAAUUUGUAGAAAAACAAAUUUUGGAAUCUUUUUUGGUGUUUUUACCACAGUGUGAUGGACGGCCGAGGUUCUACAUCUUUGUGAAAUAUGAAAUAUAUCAUCAAAGUAUAUUAAAGCACAAUGUUAAAAAUAAUUAAUGUCUUUAGAAUAACAAACAUUUUCAGUUUCUCUGUCUCUGACCAUGCUGUAAAUAAAUGCAUGUUUUCUGUCUGUUUUUUUUCCUUGUGAUCCAGUGCUUUUUGUACAGAACCUGUCUAAUAAAGAUUAAAUUUGGCUUGAA